AUGCUGGAAACAGAGCUCCCUACUCAUCCGUUUGAGCCUGGUGAGACAGUGCUAGUAAAAUCUCUGAAACCCAGGAAGGUUGGCGAGGCAGCGUACGGACCCCCGACUACUGUCCUGGCUUUCACCUGCACAGGCAUCCUCACGGAUUCCCAGCCACACUGGAUUCAUGCUUCACGAGUCAAGAAGUGUCCAAAACAACCUCUUUCUGUACUGCAGCCUUUAAGGAUGAAUUUCCUCUCAGCAGGAGGUGACAGUUCAAGUUUUCUUUCUGAUCUUGAAGUUCUGGGUGGUCUGGUGUCAGCCAGUUACGGAGAUGAAGACGUCAGAGCCGAGGAGAGAAACCAGAAAGAUUCGGGGAACGAGGAGAGUGAGGGCGACAAACAUUCUCGCAUUCACACUGGAGUAAAACCUUAUCAGUGCUCACAGUGUGAGAAGAGUUUUAACACACAGGAAUCUCUCAAUAAACACCAGCGCAUUCACACUGGAGAGAAACCGUAUAAGUGCUUAGAAUGUGGAAAAAGUUUUAUUCAACAGAUUAAUCUCAAAAGACACCAGCGCAUUCACACUGGAGAGAAACCAUAUCAGUGUUCACACUGUGGAAAAAGUUUUAUUCAACAGAUUAAUCUCAAAACACACCAGCACAUUCACACUGGAGAGAACCCGUAUCAGUGCUCACAAUGUGGAAAGAGUUUUAAUAGACAGAGUGAUCUCAAAAUACACCAGCGCAUUCACAUUGGAGAGAAACCGUAUCCGUGCUCACAGUGUGGAAAGAGUUUUAUUCAACAGAGUGAUCUCAAAAUACACCAGCGCAUUCACAUUGGAGAGAAACCGUAUCCGUGCUCACAGUGUGGAAAGAGUUUUAUUCAACAGAAUAAUCUCAAAAAACACCAGCACAUUCACACUGGAGAGAAACCAUAUCAGUGCUCACAGUGUGGAAAGAGUUUUAAUGGACAGAGUGAUCUCAAAACACACCAGCGCAUUCACACUGGAGAGAAACCGUAUCAGUGCUCACAGUGUGGGAAGAGUUUUAAUCAACAGAGUUCUCUCAAAAGACACCAGCGCAUUCACACUGGAGAGAAACCGUUUCAAUGUCGUUCAUGUGGGAAGAUCUUCAGUACCCGGGGUGCUCUCAAAACCCACCAGCUCAUUCACACUGGAGAGAAACCGUAUCAGUGCUCCCAGUGUGGGAAGAGCUUUAGGUGUCUGAGCACUUUCAAAAACCACCAGCGCAUUCACACUGGAGCGAAACCUUAUCAGUGCUCCCAGUGUGGGAAGAGCUUUAGGUGUCUGAGCACUCUCAAAACACACCAGCGCAUUCACACUGGAGCGAAACCGUAUCAGUGCUCACAGUGUGGAUAUAGUUUUAAUACAAAGACUGAGCUUAAAAUACACCAGCGCAUUCACAGUGGAGAGAAACCGUAUCAGUGCUCACAGUGUGGAAAUAGUUUUAAUACAAAGAGUGAGCUUAAAAUACACCAGCGCAUUCACAGUGGAGAGAAACCAUGUCAGUGUUCACAGUGUGGGAAGAGCUUUAGGUGUCUGAGUACUCUCAGAACACACCAGCGCAUUCACACUGGAGUUAAGCCAUAUCCGUGCUCACAGUGUGGGAAGAGUUUUAAUCAACAGGGUAAUCUCAAUGUACACCAGCGCAUUCACACUGAAGAGAAACCACAUCAGUGCUCUCAAUGUGGAAAGAGUUUUAAUAGAAAGAGUGAUCUGAAAAAACACCAGCGCAUUCACACUGGAGAGAAACCGUAUUAGUGCUCACAGUGUGGAAAGGGUUUUAAUCAACAGAGUGCUCUCAAAACACACCAGCGCAUUCACACUGGAAAGAAGCUGUAUCAGUGCUCACAGUGUGGAAAGAGUUUUAAUAUACAGAGUAAUCUCAAAAAACACCAGUGCAUUCACAUUUUACAGAAAUUAUGCUCACAGUGUUGGAGCUGCUUUGCUCAUUUAUCAGCACUUAGACACAAGUGUGACUCAUCAGAUUGUACCAAACAAGCUAAAAUACAUAAAUAUAAAAUAUAGUGAGUGUGUCCAUAUAAAUACGCCACUGAAUACAAUAGUUAAUGUUAUUUUCGCCCUCAUGUUGCCUAGCAACACUGUUAAUCGAACUAUCUUGCGUCGCGGAAGAACGCUUUAUUGUAAGUUUAUACACAAUAAAUACAUUUUUGAAUUAAA